AGCCCAGACAACUUGGGCCAUCAUUCUAGCCCAAGCAAGGAAAAGUAUUUGUCACCUGACAACCAUUAACAGAGUAGAUCCAGUUGCAUACAUGGAGUCAUCAUGGCCAUCCUCAAGUUACGAUGGAAUUUAUCAAGUGACUCAGCAUAUGGCGAGUACCCAACAAAGUGAAGGAGAUUGCUUGUCAAAGGAUCACUUCUCAUCACUACCUGAUAGGGUCCACCUUGAUCUCAAACAGAACGACUUCACCGAUUUGCUCAACAUAUGGGAUAAGUGGGGGGCUACCACUCGGGCAAAUUUCGAUAGGAAAUAUGGCCACAUAGCUCGACUCCUUAAGGUCCAGAUAGAUGAACAGUUGUUGAAGGCCAUUGUGCAAUUUUGGGAUUCGUCGUAUGGAUGCUUCGUGUUCAAUAAGGUGGAUAUGGUCCCCACAAUCGAAGAGUACUCGGCUCUCCUACAAAUCGAUCUCGAUAAUCCGAACAAGAUAUAUUGGAGAGGACAAAAGACCGGACACAGGCAAAAGUUAGCCAAGAUGAUGGGUAUUACUUCGGCCGAAGUUGAUCAGAACCUAAGGAAAAAAGGGGACAAUGAAUGUAUCCCGUGGAGUUUUCUACGUAGUUAUAUCAUAAAGCAUCGGGACAUCGAGCAAGGACAGCUUGUGAUGGCCUUGGGAAUUUAUGGGCUAGUGAUCUUCCUCAAAGUUUUGGGGCAUACAGAAGUCGGAAUUAUAGAUUUCUUCGAGCAAGUCAUCAACAAGGCCAAUCCUUCACCCUCUAUUCUAGCAGAAACUCUCAGCUCACUGAAUUACUGUCGAAGAAAAGGGGAAAGACGAUUUGUGGGAUGUGCACAAAUUCUUUCUAUCUGGAUAGUAAGUCAUUUUGAAUGCAAGGUCGAUAAGUUCAGAAAACCAUUUCAUCCACAAACCGCCCCUGUCAGAGAAUUUUGUGAGAGUGAAUGGCCAAAAAAUAGGACCAAGGAGCAAUGGAUCUCUAGACUUCGAGAACUCAUGAGUGUGGAAGUAACUUAG